AUGUCGGAUCCUCCUAAUAUGGGAAUACCUAAAGAAGAAGGGCCUAUUGACACUGAUGUCAAACCCGGCACAGGCUCCCGACGUGCCUCCGGUACCGCAAGGCGGUCGCGUCGUAAGAAGGAUGAUGACCCCGACACCAAGAAGAAGGAAACAGAACCUAAAGAAGCCAAAGAAGCUAAAGAAAAACCGACCCGAGCUCCUCGUCGCCCACGGGAGAAAUCAAACAACACUGCUUCCCGAAAAAAGCCCAAGCUGCAACCUGCGGCAGAGGAAACGAGGGUUGCUCCGGUAGACGCCAGAAGCCCUCCACACGCCCCUGCAACGCCUCAACCUGCUCAGCCCGCUCAACCUACUCAACCUACUCAAAUAGCUCCACCUCCUCACCCUGCUCCAACUUCAUACUCAAAUCCUCAUCCCCCUACAGCCCCUGCACCUUCGUAUCAGUUGUCGCAACCAUCUCGCCAACAAUCACAAUCGCAACCUCCAGUCCCGCAACCACCACCUCAACGAACCAGUGGACAAAACUUUGACCCCAUUCGUUCUGCGUUUGACAAUCCAUCUCCAGCACCAUCAUAUAGUCCUCCUGCUCGCACAAUUUCUCCUCGCAAUGCUUAUCGUGCCAGUGCAUCGCCGGCGAUUUCAAGCAUCAUUGACCCGCCAGCCCCUAGCUCUCAACCAAUAUACAACUCGCUUCAACGCUCGUCCUCUAGCCAUGUAUCUGGCCUCUCUUCUCCGGCACCGCCUGCGAUGGUUCCCACACUCUCACAUCCGUCCUUAGCACCAUCGCCUCUUCCGACAUCCUCUGCUUCCCGUGGAGCCAUGCAUAUCCCGCAGGCCAUGUCACAGUCCACCCCCUACACCACCCCGUACCCACCUACCGAGCAGCGGCCAACACCGUCACAAACUCCUACACUUGAACAGUCCCCACCGGCAGUUCACCAACCUCAACCUCCCGCGCAACCCGCUGUGCAGCCGACUCCUCCCAGACAACAAGCGGCUGAAUCGAUGGAAAUUGACCCCGCAGAGGAGGCACCCAGUGCCAAAAAGGAAAAGAGCACCUCUUCUGCACCGGCAUCAAAAGCCUCAUCUCCCAAGCCAGCUCGACCUGCCAAAGAGGCCCCUCAUCUGCCUCAAGGGUCUGGCUUGAUCACAACCGCACUGUUCGGCGGAGGAGAUGAUUCUGCAAAGUCGCCUGACUCGCGUAGCACACCCAGCAUCAUCGUUCAUGUUCCGCUGCAAAAGGGCAACCAGAUUGUCAACUUUGCACGGCUUGCAGAAGAGCAAUAUGGCUUUGCUGCCUUACACCCUCGUCUGGCCGCUCACAAGGCACGCAUGGCUCGUGUGGCAGCUGCCGGGGCUGCGUUGGAACGAAAUGAUAAGAACGCCAAAGGAAACUCUGCCGGCGAGAGCGCCGACGAGGACCUGAGCCUCGAUGCGGAACGCGAUAGUGAUAUGGAUGGCGAUGUUCCCAUGGGCGGCAUUGGCGCAGGGACCAACGGUGCGCCCUCGGAAGCUAGCGAUGGAAAGAAGAAACGACGCAAGAAGGUCGAGGAAUAUGACCGUGAUGAUCCGUUUGUGGAUGACACCGAAAUGGUGUGGCAGGAGCAGGCUGCUGCCAGCAAGGACGGGUUCUUUGUCUACAGUGGGCCACUGGUUCCAGAAGGAGAAAAGGUCCAGGUGGAACGCGCCGACGGUACUAUCAAACGGGGUCGUGGCCGUGGGCGAGGAACGGGUCGGGGACGAACCGUGACCUCGCAUCCACACGUUCCUAUUGCAGCUGCUGUGCCCGUCUCCCAAGAUACUGGCCUGCCAUUGCGUGGGCCCGGCUCUCGGGGUGGAACCUCGCGCCGUCCGCGAGGCAAUAAGAAGGCCGACAGCGGUAGUGACCGCGCUGCUACCGCUGUAUCCGUUGCUCAUGAAAGUCGUGGUGGCCGUGGUGGGACUGGAACUCCUGGCCGUGGUGGGACUAACAGCACUCGGGGUGGAAAGUCGUCUAUAUCAAUCCCGAUGCCAGAUCUUGCUCCUGCGCCAUCGACCCCGAGUGUUGCCCAUGGACCCCCUACUCCGAGCCCGCUAGCUGGCCCAGAUCUCAUGACGAAAUAG